CCACCGCGCUGCGUUCGGAGCCCCGCCGGGCAGCGGGGACCAUGCGAGGGAUGAGGCUGGCACUUCUGGCGUUGGCUCUGGCCACCUGCGGGGAGCUCGCAAUGGCCUUAAAAUGCUACACCUGUCUCGAACCCACGGGUGUGUCCAGCUGCAUCACCAUCACCAACUGCGAUGCCAACGAAACUAUGUGCAAGACCACGCUCUACUCCCGAGAGAUUGUGUACCCCUUCCUGGGAGACUCCACAGUGACCAAAUCCUGCGCCAGCAGGUGUGAGCCCUCGGAUGUCGACGGCAUUGGCCAGACCCGGCCAGUGUCCUGCUGCAACACUGAGCUGUGCAACGUGGACGGGGCGCUCUCCCUGGGCAGCCCCCACAGCCUGGCCCUCGCCCUCACGCUCACCCCGCUCCUGGGGCUCCUGCUGUAGAGUCCUGCCCACCCUACUGUCCCACCAG